AUGCCGAAUAUGACACCGUCAGAGUGCCUGGAGCGCCUUGGGCAUGGCGAGCGUGACGUUGAGAGGGACUCCUCUCCUAGUCAGGAUGAGAAGCGGCCAAUUACUGGGAUCAAAUGGUUUCUACUGGUAGCGAGCACUUUGACAGGUAGCUUCCUCUACGCUUUGGACAAUACUAUUGUGGCCAAUAUUGCACCGGUUAUUGUGAACCACUUUGAUUCCGUUGAUGAUUUGCCAUGGAUGUCGGUUGGGUUUAUGAUCGGAGCCGUGGCGGUGGUUCUCAUUGUGGGUAAAUUGUAUACUCUCUACAACGCCAAGUGGUUGUACAUCAUUUUCACAGUCAUCUUUAUGGCUGCUUCGGCACUCUGCGGCGCCGCUCCGACUAUAAAUGCUGAGAUUGUUGGACGAGUAUUUGCUGGUGUGGGAGGAAAUGGGAUGUAUAUUGGUGUCCUCACGCUGCUAUCGCUGAAUACGACGAGCCGCGAACGUCCACAGUAUCUCAGUCUAACCGGGCUAGUCUGGGGCCUAGGAACAGUCCUCGGCCCAGUUGUCGGCGGUGGAUUUGAGUUGUAUACCUGGCGCUGGGCCUUCUAUAUUAACUUGUUAUUCGGCAUUAUCCUACUUCCACUUUAUCUUUUUGUGAUUCCGUCCAUGUCUGUAACACCGGACCUAUCCCUGCGACAUAAACUGGCUACUUUCGACUGGGUUGGAUCCAUCCUCAGUGUUGCGGCAUUCACAACCCUAGUUAUGGGUAUUAACUUUGGAGGAACGCUCUAUGCCUGGAAUGCAGCACAGAUCAUUGCUCUUUUUGUUCUGUCGGGUGUCCUGUGGAUAACAUUUGCUUUACAGCAGGGAUUCGCUAUUGCCACCUCCUUCUACAACCGGAUAUUCCCCAUACAUUUACUGAAGCGAAAGGAGCCGGCUCUUCUGUUCAUUGUAUGUGCCUCGGCGGGUAUAGUCACUUACCCGAGCGUCUAUUACAUUCCGAUCUACUUCCAAUAUACAAAAGGCGAUAAUGCAAUUUUAUCAGCUGUACGGCUACUUCCUUUUAUCUGUCUGCUAGUCGUGGCCAUUCAGGGAAGUGGCAUCAUGAUGUCCCGACUUGGUUACUAUAAGCCAUGGUAUCUGGCCGGAAGCGCCAUUGCCCUUAUUCCAGCAGUUCUAAUGGCUACUAUCGUGGAAACACACACAUCUCCCAGCGUGCUAUACGGUCUCGAACUUGUUCUAGGAUUAGGUGCCGGCUUGUACGCUCAGGCCGCAUUUGCUGUGAUCCAAGCUGUCACCCCGCCGGCUGAUAGCGGUGACGGAUUGACUCUAAUGAUACUUGCUCAACUUACUGGAAUGACACUGGGGCUGUCCAUUACGGGUGCCAUCUUCGUCAAUGUCGCCCAAAACCGCUUAUACCAAUUGUUACCGAAGCUUCCCCGGGAACAGGUCUCUCGCAUUGUGUCAGGGACCAGCAGUAAGCUUCUGGCCAAGUUACCUAUGCACAUCCGAGAGCAAGCUCUGGACAUCAUUGUCCUUGCUUGGCGUGACGUUUUCCCGGUUGGGAGAUUGGGGACAUCAUCGUAUGCUGCCCCGAUUGUGUCGUAUUGCUGGAUUGUCAUAUUGAAGCUCACUGGAGGAAGGUUGUGGAUGGCUAUGUCCUCGUGUAGAGUAUGA